AUGAACGAGGGGGCGUGGUCGCUGAACGCUUUGGAGGGAAAUUAAAAUAUGGGCGUGGCUAGCUGGAGGCGUGAUUGCGUCACGCUGCUGGGGCGGGGGUUCGGAAAAAGGUGGGAGGAGGUUCCAUUGGGCGCCGCGUUGCCAUGGCGACUCGGUGGGGGAUUUGGUGGCGUUGCUUGUACGCGGAUGGAGGGAGCAGCUGCUGAUCUCUGACACAUCCUUCCCCCCCCCAACCACCACCGCACUGCCAUAUUGUACCGGGACACGUUUCAUGCCGAGAGAUAAGGUUGCAUGGGUCCGGUGACGGGAAUGACUCCAGACAAAAACGUAGAAACCCCCGGAGCAGAGAAGGUCGCUGGGUUAAGUCAGCUGGACACCAUGGGGAGCCUACCAGAAGAGGUUGGCGCAGACAGACCAAAGGCCUCUGCAGUGGACAGUGGUUCUGCAGAUGAAGAACUUACAAACUUGAACUGGCUUCAUGAGAGUACAAACUUACUGAACAACUUCAGCCUGGGGAGCGAGGGGCUGCCAGCAAAUAACCCACUAUAUGACAUUGAAGGCGACGGCUCCCCAAUCGGUUGUCGGAGCCCAGAAAAAUCCUCGGCCUCCUCAAAACCUCCAUAUUCCUUCAGCCUCUUAAUUUAUAUGGCUAUUGAGCACUCCCCCAACAAGUGUCUGCCAGUGAAAGAAAUAUACAGCUGGAUCCUUGACAGGUUCCCCUACUUUGCUACUGCCCCGACCGGCUGGAAGAACUCAGUCAGACACAACUUGUCAUUGAAUAAAUGCUUUCGGAAAGUGGAACGCAGCCAUGGAAAAGUAAAUGGAAAAGGCUCCUUAUGGUGUGUAGAUCCAGAGUAUAAACCUAAUCUUGUACAAGCACUGAAGAAGCAGCCAUUUUCUGCAGCACUUGCAUUGUACACCCCUCCUGCCUCACCUAACAGUGCAUCACCUCUUUGUCUAUCGUCUGCACUGAAACAGACUCAAGGGCACUCAGUGAAAGAUUCAGAUAUAGAUGCGGCCACUGCAAUGAUGCUGUUAAACAGCUCGAUCAAGAAUGAAGCUUUGGAUUACCAAAAACCUCAGCCCCUCAAGGUGGUAUUACCUAAGAAACGCAAUUACACCAGCGCAUUCAAGCAUUGUGCUUCUCUGACCCUUCAAGAAAACGAUUCUACCGUCAUCAACAUUGAUCCUAAGGAGGAUCACAACUAUAGUGCCAGCGGCACCGACUCUCAGCGAUGUGAAUCCCGAUCCAGCGUGUCUUCCUUGUCGUCGGUGGAUGAGGUCUACGAGUUCAUCCCAAAGAAUAGUCGGGCGGGGAGCGAUGGAAGCGAAGGGUUUCACAGUGAGGACGAGACUGACAUUGACUAUGAAGAAGAUGCACUUGGUGAUAGUGGUUAUGCUUCCCAGCCCUGCGUCAAUUCCUCGGUCAAAGAUCUGCACGGCAAGAAGCUCCGAAAAGAAGCAAGUCAGGAUAUCGAUGAGGAGCUAAAGGAGGCGGCCGGCUCUCUGCUCCAUCUAGCUGGGAUUCGCACUUGUCUGGAUUCCCUCUUAAAAACUGCAAAAGCCCAGUCACAAAAGCAUAGAAAAUAGUCAUUCUGCCAGUCUUGUGUUUUUUUUUUUUUGUUUUUUUUUUUAUAUAUUUUUUUGCUUUACGCUGUUUUAUCUUUUUUUGGGUUCCAUUUUUUUUUUUUCCUGCCUUCAUCCACUCAAAGUGUGGCAAUAUUCCUCAGCUUUCAUUUGUUCUUUAGGAGAUCAAAGCCAUAAAAGACGUGAGGCUUAUACAUAUAUAUAUAUAUAUUUUUUUUUUUUCGUUUGCUUUUGAUAUUUUGCAAGCUUGACUUUUCUUUUCCCUCAUCCCUUUUUUUUUCCCCCAAAAUGACUGCCUUAGAUUUAUUUUUUUAUAUACUCUACCAGAAAUGCAUGACAUGCAAAGUCCCUGCAAAAAAAAAAAAAAAGCUAUUUAUUUUAUUUUUAUUUUUUUCUAAUUUCUUCAAUGCAGAGGAUUUCUCAAAUUGCAACAUGAAACUUCACCGAAAAGGCUGCUGGUGCAAACACUGACUGCUGUAUGUGCUUUAAAUUUUGGCCACUGUGCAACCAAGUGAUAAAAUAUCUCAGUAUUAGUGAUACCUUCUUUUGCCAACUAUUUAUAUGUAGAGUCAGUUAAACAGGUGCGUAAUGCACGAAUAAUUUUUGGUAAAGCAAAAGCUUCCCCUUCCUUGUGCUUUACACCCGGGUUUAAGAAGUCUAGAACUCUUGUGACCCCAUUUAGAAUGUUCACUGCUAUAAUGAUAUGGUCCCUUUUCUAUUAACCAUAACCAUCCACCUGUAUACGUAUGUGUCCGUCCCAUGCAUUUUAUGUCCUCUACAUGGUUAAAGGAGUACUCUCCUGGAAAAUUAUUAUUUAUUUAUUUUUUAAAUCAACUGGUGCCAGAAAGAUAUACAGAUUUGUAAAUUACUUCUA